AUGGGUCUCCAGCUCAACCAGGUGAGCUAAAGCAGCGGCCCGAACAUUUACUUUUGAUCUUGUAUCUUCCAUAAGAGUUAAUGUAGUCAACACAGACAACUAAGAAACUGUCAAACAUGCAGCAGACGUUGGGACUAUCUGAAUAUCAGAGAGGCCAACCAAACCUCUGAUCACUAAUCUGAUCCAAACCCAUCAUGAUGUUCACUGUGACAUUAAACCACCAUUCCACCAAGUGCCAUAACAAUUAAAUUAUUGCUGUACACAACACGCACACCGACACAAAUGAGCGGCUUUAACUUUCUUUAACGCCAUCACCUCUCAAUACGGCUGCACACAUGCUGCAGUGAGCGAUUGUGGUCUCGGCUCCUCAGCAAACAUGUCUUUGACACCUGCCCACAGAGUUUCCGUUGUGGGAGUUGGAAGACUGAAGACAAAAAGGUAGCAGGGGGGCACUGAGAGCCAAACUGUUGAGCUUUUUGCUUGAGCAAGACCAUGAUCCACAUGCACCGCAUCAUAUGCGUCUUCCUGCUGGUCUCCUUCACCGGGGCUACUGGGAGCGGUAUCGUAGGUGGUCGGGUUGCAAAGGCUCACUCCAGACCCUACAUGGCAUCGCUCCAGGUUCGAGGGUCCCAUGUAUGCGGUGGGAUGCUGAUUCGGGAGGACUUUGUUCUAACUGCAGCACACUGCAAACAACCUGAAGCCAUGACAGUGGUACUCGGAGCACAUGACGUUACCAAGGAAGAGAAAAGUCAGCAAAAGAUCCAAGUGGCCAAAUACCAUCCACAUCGGGGCUUCACAGGAGAACAUGACUAUGACAUUAUGCUACUUGAGUUAAAACAGAAUGCCACACUGAAUAAGUAUGUGAAGCUCAUUGGACUACCGAAGAAAGACGGGAAAACUCCAGCCAACAUCAACUGUGCUGUGGCCGGUUGGGGCUGGACUGAACGCAAUAAGAACCCCUCAAACGUUCUGAAAGAGACCACGGAGAAGAUCCAGUUCAGCUCUGAAUGCAAAAAUAUCUGGCAGGAAUAUUUUAAUCCCAAUAAUAUGAUUUGCACCAAGUUUUCCAAAAAGACGGGAGGCGUUUGCAAGGGAGAUUCUGGCGGACCGCUCAUCUGCAACUCCAAGCCUCAAGGUAUAACAGCUUACACCUGGGCAAAAGACUGCACUAAUCCAAAGUAUCCACAUGUCUUCACUAAAGUUGGUGCCUUUGUCCCCUGGAUUAAAGAAGUGAUGAAGGGAUCGAGGAACGUUGCAUGAGCAAUCAUUCAGAGGUUCCU